AUGCCUCCUACGCGCAGUCGUUCUACAAAAAUUCAGGCAGAAAACCGCGACUCUGAUUCUGGGGCCGAUACAGAACCAGAAACACCCAGACCUCCUCGACAAGCUAGCAAAAGACGUAUAAGCGAGCGUUUUAGCGACAUUUAUGGCCCCGAUAACGAUGCCAGUUUUUCAUCUGAUCCAGGUCGGGUUCCUCUGAAAGCUGUGAAUAUAAAUGAUGAUGCUGCCGAGAAGAGGAGGAGGAGAAAAAGUAAUAAGUUCGUGGUACCGGAAACCGCACAAGCUGGUCCUUCUUCCGAAGGAAACAACGUCGAACAGGACCCAGCUGAAUCAUCCAGAGCUGCUCAAGCAAAGCAGAAACAACAAUUAACUUCUGUGGCCCCUCCACCUAUCAUUAACGUCCCCCUCGAUGUGAUGAGCUCGAACUUUGAGGAGUGGAUGAAAAUGGCUACAGAUAAUAAAAUCAAUGCUGCGAACUCAUGGAACUUCGCGCUAAUCGAUUACUUUCAUGACAUGUCCCUACUCCGCAAUAACACUGACAAUUCAAUCAAUUUUCAGCGAGCAUCAUGUACCCUCGACGGUUGUGUCAAGAUCUGGACAAGUCGCGUGGAUAGCGUUGGUACGGAAACUGGAAAGUUGCUUAGCAAUCUUGCUAAUGAAGGGAGGAUUACUGGCGAUGACGAUGAGGGGGACAUGUCUGAUUCUCAGGAUCCUCAAGACCCUUCCCAACCACGGAGACGCAAUAAAACUCAUAGACCAGAAUCAACGUUGGCCAAGAAUGCCGCGCAACUUAGAAGCAAGAAACUGGAUCUGGAGUUCAGCGUCGAUCCGCUGUUCCGAAAAACCUGCGCAGAUUUUGAUGAAGGUGGUGCGCAGGGUCUACUUAUGAACCACCUCAGUUUGGGAGUUGGGAGUGAUGGUGGUAUGCGAGUGGUAUUCGACGCGAGUGAUUCUAUGGGCAAGGUCGCGGAUGAUGAAGAAGAUUUAGAGGAACCAGAGGAAGAAAUCGAUCUUAGUUACAUACGGAAGGAGUUUCUACCUAACGUCGACGUCCUCGAGGACAAGGCUAUAUCACACUCCCUUGCUGGAUUCUCAUUCUCUAAGGAUAGUUUCGCAUUUGAUGAUACUACUUUCCUUCCGGACGACAGCCACCGUGAUGACGAUGACGAUGAUUUUGGUGGUAAUGAUGCUCCGAUGGAUAUCGAGGGCGGAGGUGACAACCCUGUCGAAGACUUCUUCCAAGGUGAUCAUGCUGUCGACGACGAAUUCGGUGGAGGCGGUGUUCCAGAUGAAUUCAGUGGCGGUGAUAACGUCUCUGUUGGCGCCGAGGGCGACCAGGAUCAAGCUGGCAUGCGUCCUGGAGGUUUUGUGCCCUUUGAUCCCCGCAAAGCUCCCAAUGAACGUGAUUUGAUCAUGGCUAUGACUGAUGCCGAUGCAGAUGGCGGAAUGAUGGGCUAUUUCGAUCAAACCUUCCUAAAAAAUUGGGCGGGCCCUGAACAUUGGAAGCUCAGAAAAGCUGUUAGAAAACCGGACACAUCUGAUCCCGCAGCUCCGAAAGCUAAGCGUGAAAAGAAGGAAGCGUUCAAGAUCGACUUCCUCACGCCUGCGGAAAAGGAUCUCAAGGCCACCGCAAAAGAGCUAUUUGCACCUGUCACUAGAGGCGCUGGUAUCACUCUUCCUGCUUACAGUUCUUCCGCCAAGACUGCUUCGAAGAAGGGUAGUCGGGGUAAAAAAGCGAAGGAAGAAAAGAAAGAAAAGAGAGAUGAUCACACGUUACCUGAUGACAUGCAUUUCACCAGUCGACAGCUCGUAACGUUAUUCCUCAAACCCAAGUUCUCACUCAAGAUGCGAGGGCAGCGGGUUCGUUAUAACGAGAAUGGAGACGGCGAGGUUGAUGAGAAUUUCUGGGCGCAAGCUGCCGCCAAUCAAGCUGCAGGGCGAGUGGCCCAAGAGGACGGGGACGAAACUGCAGAUGGGGGUGCUAUUCCGUUCAAUACACAGUUUUUCCACGAUGAUUACGAUGAUGGUCCAGGUUUCGACGAUGUAUAUGGAGAUGGAGAAGUCAUAAGCGCUGCCAAUGGCGACGCUGAGGAACAAGAUCUCAUUGCUGCAACUCAGGGACAAACAAGGAGAAUCCGACCAGAAUUGGUCAAUUAUGCUAAACGGGCAAAACGAGUUGACGUCAGAAAGCUCAAAGAGAACAUAUGGAGGGGUCUGGACAUCAAAGUGCCACAAAUGAAGAAGGACGACGAAGAUGAAGAUGAAGAUGAAGACGAUCAGAUGGAGAUGGAUGACCCCUCUUUGACUGAUCCGUCGGAAGCCCGAGUCUUCAGUUCAGUGAUCUCUGGGUUACAACGAUCAUAUCCUAGAGAGAAAAUGGAAGAAAUCAGCACUAGUUUCUGUUUCAUCUGCCUUUUGCAUCUUGCCAAUGAACAGGGCCUCAAAAUAAAUUCAACUCCGGACGGUCAGCCCCUGGAGACAGGUAUGCACGACGAUGAUAUACCAGACGAAGGUUUGGACAAAGUGGGCGACAUAUGGAGUCUGAAGGUAUUCAGAGAUCCCAAUGCUACGCCUGCGGCAUAGUACUCUAUCUAUAUCGGGCACAUACUACUGGACACAUCUUCUUUAUCUCAUUAUUUCACUAUCUUCUUCCUUUUCUUGCUUGAGCGGUAUCACGGCUGGUAUGCAAUGAAUAUCGAUAUAACCUGUUGUAUGCUUAUAUACCACUCCCUGAUGAGUGAUACUUUUAGCUUCAGGAUAAUUGUUCACAAUAAUUUAUAUAUCUGUAUCAAUCGACCACUGAUAGCAGAAUUAAAAUGAGCCACAAGGAGCUAGGAUUUUGUAU